AAAAACAGUCAAAAGUGCGCUGGAUAAAGAUGAAGUCAGUGGACUCAAAGAAGAAGUGCCGAGGGGGUUCUUGGUGCGUCCAAAAGACUCAGGGUGUUCUGCGCGCGCUGCCCUGUGCGCUUUGAACAUCUGUGGAGCAUGUGGAGUGGGAACAGGUGGGGUCUUUACGCGUCUCACACCGCCAGUCUGUGGUGAACAUCGGGUUCUCUUCUGGUCACACUUUGAUGCGAGGACAGUUGAAGGCUAUGUGGCACUAUGGCUUGGUGUGACCGCGGGGUUCAGACGUUGUUGGCCACAGUGGGAGCUUUUGCUGCGUUCAGUCUCAUGACUAUCGCCAUCGGCACGGACUACUGGCUCUAUUCGCGGGCAUAUAUUUGUAACGGCACCAAUUUAACUACAGAUGAAAGUCAGCCUCAGCCCAAAAGCAAAAAGGGGGACCUGACCCAUUCUGGGCUCUGGAGGAUCUGCUGCAUUGAAGGUAUCAAUCAAGGCAGCUGUUACAGAAUCAACCACUUUCCUGAUGACAAUGACUAUGACACAGACAGCUCUGAGUACCUACUGCGUAUCGUGCGUGCCUCCAGCAUGUUCCCCAUCCUGAGCACUGUGUUGCUGAUGCUCGGGGGGCUGUGUGUGGGGGUGGGUCGUCUCUAUAAUAGAACCAACACGGUCCUUCUGAGUGCGGGCAUCCUGUUUGUAGCAGCAGGCUUAAGCAACAUCAUUGGGAUUAUUGUGUACAUCUCCAGCAAUGCUGGUGACCCCAAUGACAAACGAGACGAUGACAAAAAAUACACCUACUCCUACGGCUGGUCCUUCUACUUUGGCGCCCUCUCCUUCAUUGUGGCAGAGACUGUGGCAGUGCUGGCCAUUAACAUUUACAUUGAGAAAAACAAAGAGAUUCGCUGGAAAGCACGGCGAGAGUUCAUUCGCUCCCUUUCCUCCUCCUCUCCUUAUUCCAGGAUACCCAGUUUUCGUUAUCGUCGGCGGACGUCCCACACAAGCUCUCACUCAACUGAAGCGUCACGUGAAAACUCUCCAGUAGUUGGCCUAAAGAGGGCACCGUCUUCCAGCGGACCUCUAGAUGAACUGUCUAUGUACGCACUAGCACGUGAUAGUGUCACCGAAAACACCUACAGCCCAGAACACGAAGCGGCAGCUGAGUUCUUACAGGUCCAUAACUGUUUUCCCAACGAUUUAAAAGAUGGGGGCAACCGCAGGACAACGCCAGUGUGAAUAGCUUCACUUUAAAACAAAACCAACAUGUCUGACCUGUCUUGCAAUAGUCAUGAACUGAAGAGGCUUUCUUGAAGAGAACAUUUCAAACAGAGAUCUGGACAGAGUCAUUUAAACUAUGUGUUUCUCUUUUCGUUGCUUAAGACUUUCAAAGCAGAUUUCCCAUUAAGUGUGCCAUAGCCAAAUCAGUGUUACCUUUCAGCUGUCGCAGGCUCGCUAAAUGAGCAGUGUGCACUUAACAGCCUUCUUGACCUGAGCAGCUGUUGCUACACACCAUGUCCAAGAGUGGCAGACUUGUAAAUUACAUAAGAUGGUGCUAAUGAAAAGUCGACUCCACAUGUAUCUGUAAGUUAAGUUUUGCCUUAUGC